GAUUUCCUAGUCUUUCUCUUAGGGAGAUUUAACCGUUCUUUCGAAAAGGAGAAAUCACGUGGAUACCAAAGGUCAAGGAUUAUCACCACUAGGCUGGGAGAUCUUCUCUGCUUACCUCACAAAGCAAAAUGGCAAAAACUGCUAGUCCACUCAACCGCAAUUUCCUUAUCCUCUUUGCCCUCGUACUUGCCGCUGUCGAAGUUGGUGGGAGAAAAGACAUGCAGGAUUUCGAGUACACCAAAGAUGUUCACAAACUGAUGCCAGUGGAUCUCGAAGGCAGCUCUACUAUGGUGAAUCCAACUUUGGUUACCAUAGAUGAUGGUGCGGUUUGUUUGAGCGGGAAACCAGCUGCCUAUUACUUGCUGCCUGGAUAUGACACCGGAAUCACCAAUUGGCUUGUAUACCUCAAUGGUGGUGGAUGGUGUCAAAAUGUCAUCGAUUGCCAGUAUUACAUAACGCACAGAGGCCUUGAUCAGGAUGCAAUUCCAGUCAGCUUCCAAUCCUUCGAUGACAUACUAAGCGACAAUCGAGACCAUAACCCUGGAUUUUAUAAUUGGAACAAAGUUUCCAUUAGGUAUUGUGAUGGUUCUUCUUUUACGGGGAGCUCUGAAAUAAUAGAGAAUGGUACUACCUAUUAUUUCAGAGGGGCGAGGAUUUUCAAGGCAGUGAUGCAAGAACUCCUAGCCAAAGGAAUGGCCAGCGCAGAUAACAUCUGAAACAUUUGUUCUUGGCAGAAGUGAAUCUAAUCUCCAAUGCUAAAUCUGCUAAGUUAAUGGCAAAUUAUUCCGCUUGAGUUGUCACUGUCGUGGCAGUGCUCAGAGGAUGGUGGCUUGGGUGGAUGGUGACGCUGGUGUGUGAGGCGGCAAGGGGCGGUGAUGGUGUGUCGGCAAGGAUGCAGUGGCAAACAAUAGACAGAGAGGGCGGCGAUAGGGGGCGCCGUCGCCGGAGAGGGUGGCGGCAGGUUUCACUGGCGAGGGGUGACGGCAGGUUUCGCCAGCGAGGGGUGGCGGCAGGUUGCGUCGGCGAGGGGUGACGGCAGGCGGUUUGGCUCUUGUGGCGGCAAUGCUACUGCUAGGGUUUCAAUAAUUUUUUAUUUUACAGUUUUAUAAUUUAAAAAAAUAAAAGAGGGGUAUUUUUGUCCAACUGUAUUGAAUUUGAUCCUAUGAAAGUUGUGUUUCGUAUGUGGUCC